UCAUCACGUUCUCCACCAUCAUCGUCAUCGUCAGCGUCAGCAGUAUCAGAGCACACAGCUUCGAACACUACUCUCUAAUAUGGAAUGGUACAAACCCACAAACUGUAACACAUCAGAAAUCAUCUGCUGCUUUUUCUGCACACUCCCCUCUCUCUAUACGAUUACCCUUAUAUCUCUCUCUCUCUCUCUCUCUCUCUCUCUCUCUCUUCACCAAACCUAAGCAAAACACCUACACCACCAAACAAAGAGAAGAGGAGAGAAACAACAGAUCAGCCCGCCUCAAAAAACAAGAGUCCACCCACAACAAGAAAGGGCGUUUCUCUCUCUCUCUCUCUUCUCUCUCCCAUCCCUAAUGGCCCAGCUGGACCAAAAUUUAUGUAGAAGAAAAAACACAAAAGAAGGAAAGAUGAGGAGAAGAUGGAAGGAAAGAAGGAAAGAUGUCUUCAAACCUAUUGCAACCGAACCACCUUAAAAGUAACUUUCUCGGAAAUACCCCUUCUUCUGCACUGCAACCCCGCAAAAAUCUAUCUUCAUCACAACCCAAUAAAAUUUAUUUCCGAUUUUUAUGUGGCCUUUUCCUUCCUUGUUGUCUUGGUCAGAGUUUCAGAGAAAAGAGGAAUCCUUCUUCUAUAACUCUUCUUCUUCUUUUAUUACUUUUAUUUCUUUCUCUGACUCUCUCCCUAUCUUCCCCCCCCCCCCCAAUCUCUUACCUGUCUACAUUUAAUUGAUUGAACGUAUCUUCUUCCCUUCGAGGUUCUUCUUUUCUUUUCUUCUUCUUGUGGGUUUGUCGGUUUUUUUUUGGCUUUGCUUUCUCUGUGGGAUGUUAUGUCGAAGAAGAUGAAGAGGGUUGCGAUGGAUUCUUCUUCUUCAUACAUGGUUGAUGAGGAGGCUCGAGCCAGGUUCAAACAUCAAAGUCUCAUGCAGGAUUACCAAGAAUUGCUUAAGGACACACAGGCUUUAAAGAAUCAGUUGCAGGGAACAAAACAGAAAAGAUCGACUCUCAAAGCUGAAGUCAGAUUCUUGAGGCAAAGAUAUAAACAUCUAGUAGCAGUCCAAUCGCCAAGCACUCAAGCUGAACCAGAUCCUUCUAGAUUUAUGAACACUGAACUCCGAGGUGAACCACUUGUAGAGAGGAGGAGUUACAGGGAAAAUGAAGCCUUAUUACCCAACCAUUCAGUUUCAGAGAGGAGGAGUUACAAGGCAAAGGAAGCUAUUCAAUUACCCAACCAUUCAGUUUCAGAGAGGAGGAGUUACAAGGCAAAGGAAACUACUCAAUUACCCAACCAUUCAGUUUCAGAGAAAAGGAGUUACAAGGCAAAGGAAGCUACGCAAUUACCCAACCAUACAGUUUUCGACUUGAACCAGGUUUCGAGAGGAGAAGAUGAAGAAGCAUUUCAGGCUUUAGCACCAGUGGGAACGGAGAUGCUCCCAAAUAACUAUUUGGGGCCUAUAGGUGGAGGAGAUGAACAACCUACCGAUCUAAACUUACCUAUUUGUAGAGGUAUUGGAAAUGGGUCUAGUCGACCAGGGAAGAGGAAGAUUACAUGGUCAGAUCAGGUGGCUUUGAGGGUUUAGAUUACCCUUUCUAUAUUAGCUGAAUGGCCAUUUGAGUAAUGGCUUUGAAUGGUUUUACUACCAUCUCUUCUUAGUGUUAUUCAUUUUCAAAUUUCCUCUUGGAAUUUGUAUAGGAUGAAGAAUGAAAUUUUAUAGGUCUAUUGUUUAUACAUGAUAUUUGUUGAAACAGUUCUUUGCAAAUGAAAAUCUAGAAGCAGGUACUCAUUAUUUGUCAUUGUAAUUGAUUUUAGUGUGGAAGUGAAACAAGUGUUGAUGAGCUUUUGAUCGCUCUUUUCCCCCCUCUAUUAUAUUUUCAAGAAAUAAAAUUUAGUUUUUAUU